CUCUGCGCGCUCCCUGCACCUCCCGGGCUGCAGCAGCCCGAGAAAACGAAAGCCAGGCGAUCCCAGCACCCGCGAUCGCGCGGGCUCUGUGCUCCGAGGGCCGUGCUCGCCUGGUGCCUACUCCAGGGCUGUGUACACCGCGCGGGCGGCGGCUGAGCCCGCACCAGGAGGGCGCGGGAGCCGCAGGGCCCUGGAGCUUUGGGCGACUGCUACGCGGCCUUGGCCGAGGCUCUUCCUUGCUCGCCGUUCUGUCGCGGGCCUGGCCCGUGAACCGCUCACAGUAUGGCCCGAUGCUGCUUCUACACGGCGGGGACACUGUCUCUGCUGCUGCUGGUGACCAGUGUCACGCUGCUAGUGGCUCGAGUCUUUCAGAAGGCAGUGGACCAGACGAUCGAGAAGAAUAUGGUAUUACAAAAUGGUACCAAGGUCUUUGAUUCCUGGGAGAAGCCCCCUCUACCUGUGUACAUCCAGUUUUAUUUCUUCAAUGUCACCAAUCCAGAGGAGAUCCUCCAAGGAGAAAUCCCCCUGCUAGAAGAAGUGGGGCCGUACACCUACAGGGAGCUCAGGAACAAGGCAAACGUUCAGUUUGGAGAAAAUGGAACAACCAUAUCUGCCGUCACCAAUAAGGCAUAUAUUUUUGAACGAAACCAGUCUGUUGGAGACCCUACCGUUGACUUGAUUAGAACAAUAAAUAUUCCUCUGUUGACUGUUGUGGAAAUGGCCCAGCAGCCCUUCCUCAGGGAGAUCAUCGAGGCCAUGCUGAAAGCUUAUCAGCAGACGCUGUUUGUCACUCACACUGUACAUGAACUGCUCUGGGGCUACAAAGAUGAGGUCUUGUCGCUCGUCCAUAUUUUCAGACCUGACGUCUCCCCUAACUUUGGCCUGUUCUAUGAGAGAAAUGGAACUAAUGAUGGGGAGUAUGUUUUUCUGACUGGAGAGGACAAUUACCUGAACUUUACAAAAAUUGUGGAGUGGAAUGGAAAAACGUCGCUGGACUGGUGGACGACGGACACGUGCAAUAUGAUCAACGGGACAGACGGAGAUUCUUUUCACCCAUUAAUAAGCAAGGAUGAGACCCUGUACAUCUUCCCAUCUGACUUCUGCAGGUCCGUCUAUAUAACUUUCAGUAGCUUUGAGAACGUAGAAGGACUGCCUGCUUUUCGGUAUAAGGUGCCUGCAGAAAUACUAGCCAAUUCCUCCGAAAACGCUGGCUUCUGUAUACCCGAGGGAAACUGCAUGGACGCGGGAGUGCUGAACGUCAGCAUUUGCAAGAAUGGUGCGCCCAUUAUCAUGUCUUUCCCACACUUUUACCAAGCCGACGAGAAGUUCGUUUCGGCCAUAAAAGGCAUGCGUCCAAACAAGGAAGAACAUGAGUCAUUUGUGGACAUUAAUCCUUUGACAGGAAUUAUUUUAAGAGGGGCCAAGAGAUUCCAAAUCAACACGUACGUUAAGAAGCUGGAUGACUUUGUGGAAACGGGAAACAUUAGGACUAUGGUUUUCCCAGUGAUGUAUCUCAAUGAGAGUGUUCUCAUUGACAAAGAGACUGCAAGUCAACUGAAGUCUGUGAUUAACACAACUUUGAUUGUCACCAACAUACCCUACAUCAUCAUGGCACUGGGUGUGUUCUUUGGCUUGAUUUUCACGUGGCUGGCGUGUCGAGGACAGGGGUCUACGGAUGAGGGAACUGCAGAUGAAAGGGCACCCCUCAUACGGACCUAAUGGGACUUACCUGUUGCCUGAGCUUGGUGAGAGAAUGUGAGAACUGACCUGACCUGGACCAGGACAGGGAAAAGCCUGCAUCCUCACGGGCUCCUGGCCUGUCAAGAAGGGAGUGAAGCCGCAGCACUGGCACGCGAGAAGACCCUCCUGGACAGAGGGGACCGAGCAGGUGACAUGGCUGGCAAUUACGCUUUAUAAAAUCAUGUCUCUGAAACUGUGUCAAUGUGUCUUAGGGAGUAUUUAAUAAAUUGUGUAGAAACCUUU